AUGGCGUCUCCUGCAAUCAUGGAGAGAGUACCCUCAAUAGUAUCAUUUUCUCCUCCCAAACAAAACUACGACGUAUAUAUCAGCCACCGAGCCAAAGACACCGGCAGCGGUUUCGCCGCCGAUCUCCACAAAGCUCUGACGGCUCAAGGAAUCGUAGUUUACAGAGACGAGAACGAGAACGAGAACGAAGGUAAGAUGCUAACGGAGAAGCUGACAGCGAUCGAAGAAUCGAGGUCAUCGAUCGUGGUUUUCUCGGAGAACUAUGGGGAUUUAGUUUCGAUGAAGGAAUUGGCGAAGAUUGGAAUGUAUAAGGAGGUGAGGGAUCAGUUGGUUCUUCCAAUAUUUUACCAAAUAGAUCCAGCCCAUGUGAGGAAGCAAAAGGGGAACUUUGAGAAGCCGUUUAUAGAACAUGAAGAGAAUGUUGGGUUUGAAGAAGUUCAAAGCUGGAGGGAUUCUAUGUUCGAAGUUGGUAAUUUGUCUGGAUGGCAUCUCCAAGAACAACAGAAAGAAGAAGAGACCAUCAAUGAAGUUGUGAAGCAUGUCUUCAACAAAUUACGACCCGACUUGUUUCGAUACGAUGACAAAUUGGUCGGAAUCAGCUCAAGAUUACACAAAGUAAAUAUGCUUUUAGGAAUAGGUUUAGAUGACAAGCGUUUUGUUGGAAUAUGGGGAAUGGGUGGAAUUGGUAAGACCACCAUCGCUAGAAUCAUUUACAAAAGUGUAUCCCAUUUGUUCGAAGGAUGUUACUUUCUAGACAAUGUCAAAGAAGCUUUAAAGAACGAAGGCUUAGCUUCAUUACAAGAGAAGCUUCUAACAGGCACCCUAAUGAAAAGAAACAUAGAGAUCCCUGAUUGUGAUGGAGCUACAUUGAUCAAGAGACGAAUAAGCAAUCUAAAAGCUCUUAUAAUCCUCGACGAUGUCAAUCAUAUAAGCCAGCUCGAGCAAUUAGCAGGCGAUUAUGAUUGGUUCGGACCAGGUAGCCGAGUCAUCGUCACGACACGAGACGAACAUCUCCUGAUAUCGCACGGUAUCGAAAGACGAUACAACGUCGAAGGGCUUAAUAUUGAUGAAGCUCUUGAGCUAUUUUCACAAAAGGCAUUUAGAGAAGAUCAUUCAAAGAAGGGGUUUUUUGAUCUUUCAUGCAAAGUUGUAGACUAUUGUGGAGGGCUUCCAUUGGCUAUUGAGGUUCUUGGAUCAGCUUUACGUGAUAAACCAAUGAAGGAUUGGGAGAAUGCUGUGGCUAAGUUGAAGGAUGUUCGUGGUAUGGAAAUUCUUGAAAAGUUGAAGAUAAGUUAUUAUAUGUUAGAGAAGAGUGAACAAAAGAUUUUUCUAGACAUUGCAUGUUUUUUCAAGAGGAAGAGUAAGAGACAAGCAAUUGAAAUUCUUCAAAGCUUUGGAUUUCUAGCUGUUCUUGGGCUAGAAAUAUUGGAGGAGAAGUCUCUUAUUACUACACCACAUGAUAAGAUUCAAAUGCAUGAUUUGAUUCAAGAAAUGGGUCAAGAGAUUGUUCGACAAAACUUCCCGGAUGAGCCCGAGAAACGAAGUAGGUUGUGGCUUCGUGAGGACGUGAAUCUCGCUCUUAGCCGUGAUCAGGGAACAGAAGCAAUUGAAGGCAUAAUGAUGGAUUUGGAUGAAGAGGGAGAGUCACACUUGAAUGCCAACUCCUUUAAGGCAAUGACCAAUCUUAGAGUAUUGAAACUCAACAAUGUUCAUCUUUCUCAAGAUCUUGAGUACCUCUCCGACCAGCUAAGGUUCCUCAAUUGGCAUGGAUACCCUUUGAAGUUCUUACCAUCAAAUUUCCACCCCACAAACCUAUUGGAGCUUGAGCUUCCUAGUAGCUCAAUUCACCAACUAUGGAAGGAUUCAAAGAGAUUCGAUACAUUGAAAGUUAUAAACCUAAGUGACUCCAAAUUCCUUUCCAAAACCCCUGAUUUUUCCAGGGUUCCAAAUCUUGAAAGAUUAGUCUUGAGUGGUUGUGUAAGUUUAUACCAAUUACACCAAUCUUUAGGGUCUCUAAAGCAUCUGAUUCAAUUGGAUCUCAAAGAUUGCAAGCAAUUAUCAAACAUUCCCUUCAAUAUUUCCUUAGAAUCUCUCAAUAUUUUGGUGCUUUCAGGCUGUUCAAGCCUCAAAAACUUCCCAAAAAUCUCAGGAAACAUGAACAAUCUAUUAGAGCUUCAUUUAGAUGGAACAUCCAUUAAGGUUUUGCAUCAAUCAAUAGGUCAUUUGACAGGACUUAUGAUAUUAAAUCUCAAAAAUUGCACCAAUCUUGUUAAACUUCCAAGCACUAUUGGCUGUUUGACAUCAUUGAAGAUACUCAAUUUGCAUGGCUGCUCCAAAAUUGAUAGCAUUCCGGAGAGCUUAGGCAAUAUUUCUUGCUUGGAGAAGCUUGAUGUUACAAGUACUUGUAUAACUCAAGCUCCAUUGUCUCUUCAACUCUUGACAAAUCUUGAAAUUUUAAAUUGUCAAGGUUUGUCUCGUAAAUUCAUUCACUCAUUAUUUCCUUGUUGGAAUCUCUCUCGAAAAUUUUCAAAUUCUCAAGGGUUGAAAUUGACCAAUUGCUUUAGUUUUGGUUGUUCUUUGAGGGUUUUGAAUCUAAGUGAUUGUAAUUUGUGGGAUGGAGAUUUGCCUAAGGAUCUUCGUAGCUUGUCUUCUUUGCAAAUUCUUCAUCUAAAUCAAAAUCAUUUCACCAUAUUGCCUGAAAGUAUUUCUCAUCUUGUGAAUUUGAGAGAUUUGUUUUUGGUUGAAUGUUCGAAUCUUCGAUCUUUGCCAAAGCUUCCACUUAGUGUUAGAGACGUGGAAGCAAGGGAUUGUGUUUCGCUCGAAGAAUAUUACAAUCAAGAGAAACAUAUUCCUUCGAGUGAAAUGGGGAUUACUUUUAUUCGUUGUCCGAUAUCCACUGAACCAGCUGGAAGCUACAAAAUUGAUAAGCUUGGUCUUUCUGCUAUUCAUCUAAGGACAAUGUCUCAACGAUACAUCGAGGUACUCACAUGGCAACAAGAAAAGUAUUUUUUUGUGAUUCCCUAUCCAAACUUCAUAGCAUGCUUUGAUGAUAAAAGAUAUGGAUGUUCAAUCACAGCCCAUUGUCCACCAGAUUACAUAUCUGAAGAAAAUGCAAGAAUUGGCAUUGCUUUAGGGGCUACUUUUGAGAUCCAAAACAAUCAAUGGAACGAGAAUUCAAAGAUUACUUGUGAUUUCAUAAUCCGAAUGGAAACAGAUGAAUGCCCUUUGAAAUCAGCCCUAGUUUUUGAGGGAAACAAAGAUGAAUUGCAAUCACCUGUGGGGCUUGUGGUGAAAUGGUGUGGUGCAUCGAUAAUCUAUGAACAAAAUGCUGGGAGUUUUAUUGGGAAGAUUAUCAAAGCCCUUUUCGGAUCUCCGGGAAAAUAUCAUACGUCGAUUGUUGAUCAUAUUUUGAAUCGUCAAAAUCGUGUUGAUGUUUCUAGUUUGGUGGAUGGUGGAGCUCGUUACAAGACUUCGUGGUUAAAUGCGUUGCAAAGGACAAUUGGAUCAUUUCCAAGACUUCGAGCUAGUAAACCACCACCGGAAGCUAUAGAAGAUGGUUCCACUAGUAUGAUUGCAGCUGCUGAGGCCGAGGAAACUGAAAGCGAUUACUCUAUCAUGUUAAAACGAAACCUCAAAGCAAUGCUUCUAAGAACUUUUGAGGACCUGAAGCUUUAUGGUGAAUACUACGUUUUCCCUCGAAAAGAAAUCUCAAGAAGUUGGUUCAAUCUUCAACUAAAGAAGCCAAAAGUCACAAUCAAAAUACCUCCAAAUUUGCACAAGGAUAAGAAGUGGAUGGGGUUAGCCUUUUUUGUAGUAUUUGCAGUGGACAAGAACUCACCAAAUGCUCAUUCCUUCUCAUAUCAAGUGGAAAAUGAUGAAUACACAAUGCAACGUGAAUCAAUUCUUUACUUAACUAAAGGAUUGUUCGAUGAUUCUCAUCAACUUUGGGUGUUUUUCGAGCCUCGAGCGGUUUAUCCAUAUCGAUUGAAUCAAUGGAGGCAUCUUUGUGUUUCGUUCGUAUGCAAUAAUAACUCGUCCUUGAAGGCUGUUGUUUGUGGUGCACGUCUAGCUUAUAAACAUGAUGUUGAAGGGCUUAUCAACACAAUGAUAAACAAUGUGAUGGGUUCGCCAGCUGAUUUGCAUGAAUUUUAUGAUCAAGUUUCUGUUGAAUCCAUGAUAAGGAUGAUACAUUUUCAUAAGUAUGAUCCAAAGCAAAAAGAAGCUGAAGGGGAAGAUGAUUUGUGUUUGGAAGAGUUGAUAGAGGAACACAAUUCAAAUGGUUAUCCUCAAGAUUCAACUCUUACUUCAAAUGCAAUGGAAAGGAACCACCUUUUGGAGCUCAAAGAAACAAUUCCUUCUUUCCUUCAAAAGGAUUUAAAGGAUCGAUUCGGCACAACAUUCGACUUCGUUAUUCCAAGACGAAACAUUCCCGAGUGGUUUAAUCAACAAUCUGAAAAGAAUCAAACAGCCAUCCAAUUGCCUCCAAGUUUAUAUACUAAUAGUGAUUGGAUGGGGUUUGCAGUUUGCGCACUUUUCCAAAUCAACAAGCAUCCAACGGCAAUUCUCAACAAUCUUCGUUCAAUUUCAAGGCAUGAACUUCUUUGCCAAUUUGCAGUUGAGAAUGGAGUAAUCCAUCCAAUUCACAUUCAUACUAUCACUGAGGACAGAUUCAUUUGGCUACAUGAACGACAAUUCCUUUGGCUCUAUUACAGCCCAAGACAGACAUAUGGCAACAUUCUUCGUCAUAGGUCUCAUAUUUGGGCUACUAUUGAAGCUGAUACACCAGACAUGACUGUACGAGGUUGUGGACUUCAGCUAGUGUACAACCAAGAUGUGGAAAGGAUUGACAAGAUAUUGAUGGAAGCCAUAGAAUCAUAUUAA